AUGAGGAAGACGGUGGCCAAUUGGUCCGAUAUACAUACCGAUCUUUUAUCUCAAACCGCCGAUCGAAUUAAAUGCCUACGAGAUUUUAUUAUCUUCGGUGCGGUGUGCCGGUCAUGGCGAUCAGUUGCUUCGCCGGAAAAAUUCAAUAAAUCCCCCAAAACUCCAUGGCUUUUGCUCGAUGAUCAAAACGAAGAGGAAGAACACGAUCGCCGCCGUAAAUUCCUCAAGCUUUCAAAAGAUGCAAUUUACAGUAUCAAUAUACCAAAACCUAGUAAAAGAUGGUAUUUGAUCGUUGGUACUGACGUAGAAUUAGGUCUUUUAAAUCCCUUUUCGCUCUCGAGAAUUGAUCUGCCACGUAAGAACUUAGUCCAAUGUAAUAUCAUCGGUUUCGCCUUAUCGUCCAGUCCAAGUGUCGCAUCGGAUUUUACAAUCAUGAUUGUUUAUUUUUCAUAUAAAAUAAGAUUGACAUAUUUUAGUUUUUGGAAAAAUGGAUAUCGCGAGUGGACUGAUUCAGAAAAAUCCGCACUGGUUGGAAUAAGUGCGAAUAUCACAUAUCACAAUAGUCGAUUCUAUACUGCUUAUGUUUUUAGUUUUUAUGGAAUUUAUGUUCAUGAAAUUGACAUUCAAGAUUCUGAAUCUGUUUCAAUACGCAGUAAGUUGUUUAACGGUCCCUCUUUGCACAAUGCUGGUCCCUUGUGGACAGUUGGAUCAUCUCGAGGGCUGAUGAUCAUGACUUGGAAAUUGAAAUCUCUUGAUUCUGAGAUAAUUGAUAACCGUCUGAUGAUUAAUGACGAUCUUUAUUCUCACCCACAUUUCGAGUUUUUAGUUCAAGAGAUUGAAUUUGAGAAAGGAGAAUGUAGAAAGGUGACUGAUUUGGGAGAUGAAGCUUUAUUUUUGGGAUAUUACUCUUCUUACUUGGUCGAUGUAUCAAAUGAAUCAAAAUUUAAGUCAAAUCAUAUAUAUUUUACUGAAAAUUCUCAACUUACUUGGUGGUGUCGCAGUGGAGGAGGCGUUGGUGUUUACAACAUGAUUGAUAGAUCAUUGGAGCCGCUUUUUAACAUGGCAGAUUCCGGUUAUGGCUAUCUGACUGUCGAGAGGAGUCGAGCAGGGUUUUUAAAGUUUCAUCCAUAUUUAGAAGAAAGUAAGAAUUUUGAAGCUUUAUAUUUCACUCCACCAAAUUUGAGGAUUGACUAUAAAAAAUCAUGUAUGGCAUAG